AUGUGGCCAGGCGGCGCGGCCGGCAAGCUGCCCUGCCCGCGGGACUCGGCGCUGCGGAGGGCGGCGUUCUCCGGGAACCUCUCGGCGCUGCCCUUGCACUUGGCGCCCAGCGGGAGAAGCGUGAGGGUUUUCAUCAGCGCCAAUCCCGAAGAUACAGUAGCAGAAAGAAGUGCAUUACGAGAACAUGUGUAUCCUAAACUACGGGAAUUCUGCAGGGAAAACUACGGACUUGAAUUUCAGGUCAUUGACCUAUACUGGGGAGUGGAACCAGAAGAAUGGGACAGGCCAGAGUUGCAGAAAACUCGUAUGAGGCUCCUAGAAGAUUGCUUGAAAACAUCUGCAGGUCCAUGUUUUGUUGGCCUUUUGGGAGAAAAAUAUGGAAGCAUCCGAAUACCAGGAGAAGUGGAAGCAUCUGAAUUUGAAAUGAUUCUGGAUGCUGCUAUCGAGGCAAAGUUGGAAACAAAGGUUUUGGAAGAGUGGUAUUGCAGAGAUGAAAACUCAGUGCCACCGAUGUAUUACCUCAAACCAAAAUCUGAAAUGCCGAAGAGCAAUCCCAACAUGAUGGAAGCAUCUUCGAACCCUGUCAGUGACAGCAAAUGGCAGGAGAUAUCAGAAGAGAUUAAGAUGAUGAUUAAGACAGCUGUGAAGAUGCUUCAUGAAAAGGGGAAAAUGAAACACAGUCAAGCAAAGAGAUAUCUUUCAUCUGCUAUCGAAGAUGAAUUUGAUUUCGCCUUAGGAAAACAAACCCCAGCUUUCCUAAAGAAGUGCGUUUGCUACAUUCGGAAGAUUGCAAACAUCGAACGUUUUGUUAAAGUUCCAGAGAUGGAGAAAUACAUGGACGUGUUUCAUACGGGUGGGAAGUUUCUGCGGGACCCGGAAGCGCUGGAGAAACUUAUCAAACUCAGGGAUGAAUUUGUUCCUACCAUUGUUGCUUCAUCUAAUUUGAGAGUCUACACCUCUGUUACUCAUUGCGACAUCAAACAUGGUUACACCCAAGAAGUGGAGAACCACUACAUCGAAGGGCUUGGCAAACAGUUCUAUGAAGACAUGGUGGAUAUAAUCCAGGCAACCGUGCAGCAGAAUUUUGACAUAGAGACAGAUUGGCUGUAUGAUGAAGUCCUUCAACAUUCCUCACUAUGUAGAACCUACUCUUCAUUCUAUGAGUACAGAUGUGAUGCUAGGAAUAUUAUGCACAAAUACAUUCUACCUAGGAAAAUGGGCCACAUUAACCCUCUUGUCAUAUAUGGAGGACCAUGCACUGGAAAAACAUUUUUAUUAGCAGAAGUGGCAAAGAAGGCUUAUGCUUGGCUAAAGGAAGAAAUGGGACCAGAAUCUGACCCUGUGGUAGUUAUAAGGUUUUUGGGAUCCACAGAGAUGAGUACAGAUCUUAGGAAUCUCCUUCAAAGUAUUUGUGAGCAGUUAGCAAUUAACUACCGAUGCCUCGUACAAAGCUACCCAAAAAAAAUCCACGGCCUUCGGGACUUGUUUAUAAACCUUUUGAAUGAGUCUUCAUUUCAUAGACCUCUGGUUCUGAUAUUCGAUGCUCUAGAACAGCUUUCGGAUAAUGAUGAUGGUAGAAAGUUAUGGUGGCUCCCUGUUCACCUGCCCCGUUCGGUCCGAAUUAUUUUGUCAACACUGCCGAACAAACAUGGAAUCCUGCAAAAACUGAGGUGCCUUAUACACGACGAUGAUAACUAUAUUGAAUUAACUCCUAGGGACAGGAAGAUGUGUAGCCAAGUUCUCAAGCAGCAGCUGCUCCAAGUCAAGAGAAAAGUAACAUCGGGCCAACAAAUUUAUGUCAAUGAAGCUUUUUCCAAAUGCACACUGCCUAUGUUUGUAAAUCUAACCUUCCGAGAAGUCCGAAACUGGAGAUCUCACAAGGAUGUUGAUGAGUCUUCUCUCUGUGUUACUGUUCACGAUAGCAUAGAACAGAUGUUCUGGUCUCUAGAGAGCAGCUGUGGGCCAAGGCUUUUAUCACGAGCCCUUGGCUACAUCACCAUGUCAAAAUCUGGUCUGAGUGAAAUGGAACUGGAAGACAUUUUAGCACUUGACAACACGGUUAUGUUUGAAUUAAAUGAAAGCAUCAGGCAACAUAACCCUCUGAGGGUACCUUACAUCUACAUUGCGAAGCUGAAAGAAGGACUGACAGGAUACCUGAUAGAAAGGCAAGUAAAGAACGUUACGCUACUAGUGUGGGCAAACAGGCACCUGCAACUUAUAGCCCAAAAGAUGUAUCUUCACAAUGAAGAAGACAUUCAUGAAAUGCAUACCGUGAUGGCAGAGUAUUUUCUGGGUGUUUGGUCAGGAGGCAGAAGGAAAUCUCUUUACAGUGAAGAUCAAUAUCUGAAUGGUUGCCUUGACAGCGACAGCAGGAGCAUGAAUGAUGACGAGAGGCACAUCAUGGACCAGACAAAUUUCGACAGGCAGUCACCUGAUCAGCCUUGGGUAUUCCAGUGCAACCCUUUGGAGCCUGACAUAUUUUUUGUCAACCACAGGAAAAUGACAGAGCUUCUGCACCACCUCACACGAUGUGGGAAAACAGAUGACAUGUUGUAUGGUGUCAUUAUGAACUUCAGCUGGCUGUACACCAUGAUCAAAAUUGGGCAGUUUGACAAAGCCCUCUCUGAUGUGGAGUUGGCCUAUAACUACUCGCAAGAUAAAGAGCUGAAGUUCCUUGCAACCACGCUCCGUGCUAUAAAAUACAAAGUGAUGAAAUACCCAGGCACUCUCUCGGCUGAAUUGCAACAGAGGCUUCUCCCAGUUGCUAGCUCCUUGCCUAAACUGAGGCAGCUUCUUCUGGAAUGUGACAAAGAUGGCCCUAAAUAUUGCUCCAUUGUCCCAUUGCAUUCCUCUAUGGAUGUGACUUAUAGCCCCGAGAGAUUGCCUUUGUCCCCCAGUUGCACUCAAGUGACAGAAAUCCUGCCAACUUUUAAUCCAAAUACGGUCAUUGUGGCUCUAGAAAACGGCUCCAUCAGUACCUGGGAUGUAGAGACCCGCCAGCUACUGAGGCAAAUUACAACAGCUCAGUCAGUCAUCUUGGGCAUGAAGCUUACAAGUGAUGAAAAAUACCUUGUGGUGGCCACAACAAAGAACACACUCUUGAUUUAUGACAACCUAAAUUCCUGCCUUCUGUCUGAGGUAGAGAUUAAGGGAUCAAAACAUGGUGGGGUUGGUGUAGGUUCUAGUUUUAUAAAUGGAUUUACGUUGUCAGUAAACCAUGCACUUUCUUGGCUGGAAGCUAGCAAAGAUGUUACUGUGAUUGAUCUACUUUAUGGCUGGCCACUUUAUCAGUUCCAUUGCUGGUAUGAAGUGACUUGUGUCCAGUGUUCCCCAGAUGGAAUGUAUGCUUUCUGCGGACAGUACUUGAAUACUGCAUCUAUAUUCCAUUUAGGUAGUGGGGACAAGCUGGCCACUGUGACCUCUGAGUUUUCCGGUGGCUUUGUCAAGUUCCUUCUUGUCCUAGAUACAGCUCAAGAAAUGGUGAUGGUGGACAGUGAAGGUGGUCUUUCGAUUUGGAACACUGAGGAUGUCGCCAACCCCCAACUAACAGAUGACUUUGAUUGCAAAAGAGGGGACAGUGAAUUUGUCAGUUUUGAACUGGCUGAAGAUCAAAGUGCAAUUUUAAUAUGUAAGGCCCUCAAUAUAGAACUUCUUGACACAGCCGUGUGGAAAAUAGUUGAAAAGUUUAGAGCUAAACAUAAUGAGCGAUUUGUAUCGGCUGUACUGUCCAAAAAUGGUGACUGUAUUGUUGCUUCUAUUGAAAAUACCUCUGCCAUUUUUGUCUGGAGGAGAGACACAGGGCAGUGCAUGGCCAGCUUACAAGAAAUCUCAGGAAACAUAGUCAGAUUAAUUAAAUCAAACCAUCACAACAUGCUGCUCUCCUUAUCUACCAGUGGUGUCCUUUCUAUAUGGGAUAUAGAUAUCAUAACUGCCAUGUCCAACAUUGACAAAACGGGCAAGCCAAUCCAAAGAUUGAUAUUGUCUGCUCGGGGUGAAGUGAUUUAUACACUCGAUGGGUCUGAAACUAUACAUAAGUGGAAUUUUGGCACGGGGUUCAUUGAAGCUGUAUUUAAGCACGAAAGCAUUGUUGAAAACUGUGUGCUGACUUCCACUGGUGAUCUGAUGAUUACGUCUGAUGAUAAAUGCAGUCAGUAUGUAUGGCACACUGGUUCUGGUGAAAAUCUGUUCCGUAUCAAUGGACAAAAGAUAUGUCAGCUCUUGAUAACACACAACGAUCAGUUUGUUGUCUCCCUCUGUGAGCAAAAUGCAUCAAGAGUUUGGAGACUGGCAACAGGCCACAGAGUUUGCAAUAUUCUUGUAUCCUUACAGAAUGCAUUUAUAACUACCGCUAACACAUUUGUAGUUGGAAUGACAAAAAACAAAGUCUUGGCAGUGAGUUUGUGGACAGGGAGUAUAACCAAGAAGUUCUGUUGCGAUGAUGGCAUUGCCAUCGUUGAUAUUAAACUGAUCCCAGAUUGCCCUGAUAUUGUGGUCUUCAUAACAUCUACUGAGACUGUAAACAUCUGGAGUCUUACUGAAGAAGUAAUUUGUAGACGGGUGCAACUGCCUAACACUUUCUUGAAGACUUUGGAGGAUUUUGAAAUAUCACCCAACGGAAAACUGGGCAUCAUAUCCCGCGGCGACGAGAAUAUCAACGUACUUGAUCUUCACAGUGGCAAACUUCGCGUUGUCCAUGCUUCCGGUAUCAUCUGGAGGCAGAAGCUGUCUCGGGACGGCCGCUACCUUGUGUACAUUUGUUUUCGCACUGGUGAAGAGGAUGAUGAUAAUGGUGCAGUCUCUAUCUUGAUUGUAAUGAGGCUAGCAGAUGGCAAAAACAUCGGUGCUUGUUCCCUUUACAAAACACCAACUUUCCUUGCUCUUUCCCAGAGGCAUUUGAACAUCAUUGUAGGCUUUGAGGAUGGAAGCAUAGGAACUUACACUGUAGUGGAUCGAGUGGAUGCAGCGCUGAAAAUUAAAAUUGCUACUUCAAAUAGCCGACAGAUUUUCAGCAAUGCAACACAAGUGAUUAGACCAAAGUGUCACAAUUAUAAUUUCAAGGUGACAGCAGACUGCAUAUGGAGGGAGUCUACAGAGGUGUUUGCAAGAGACAGUCCCAUCAUGGUGACAGACCCCGAGGCAGGUGAGGCAACUCCAACCAAAAAACACAACUAUUGCUAUGACAAAGUGUGCUCUGCCAUAGAUUGCAGAAGCCACGGGUUCACCCCUGACAAUUGAUCAUAAAUUAAUAAGAAACUAGUUCACCUUUGCACGUAACAAAUCUCUGCUUAUCCCAUUUAUACUUUACUACCAACAAAUCGGGAAAGAGCAAGUUUAAAGCAAGUUUAAUUAGUGGGCUGCAGAGUUUGGGGGAAAAUAUUCAAAUAUAAGGCUUCCUGCAAUGCCUUGAGUGAAAAUUUCUAGCAAUAUCAUUUAUUAUGCCAACCUAAAAUGUUGGAGAAAGAAAACGUUGAAAAGCUUUCUAACAGGAAAUGAAACUACAUUUCAUAUUGGAAUGAGGUGGUUCAAAAAAAAUUAAAUCCAGGUUAGCGUAAGCCUAAAUAUCUGGCUACUUCGAAUUACUAUCAUGCGCAAAAAAUUGAAUUUUAUCCUUCUGAUGGUGCAAAUGACAAUGUCACAUGUCAUCCUGGAUGCAUUCUGUAAGCUUUUGAAACUAUUUGUAUUAUGGGGAAAAUGGGGGCAAGCACAAUUCGGUCAGUAAACAGAACUCCAGGGUCCUGCUGAUUUCACUCGGGUCAAAUGCUUUAUAGGAAUCACUCCCACUAAAAUCAGUGAGACUUCACGUUGCUUGAAUUGUGCCCAUUGUACAGAAAGAAUAGAGAAGCUGAGCAUUGUGUCCAGUACUAGUAAUACACACAGUAAACCCAUUAAAACUAAUGGACAUAGGUCCAUUAAUUUCAGUGGGUCUGCUCUGAGUGCAGCUUUGGUUGGCUACAACCCUGAUAACCUACAAAUCAAAAAUAGGCACAUGUGACACAAUAAAUCAGUCAUAAUAACAACCUGAAAAGUUACAAAAUUUCUAUGUCUGGACUUCUAUUCAAGUUUUUCUAUUACAAAUCAUAGGAACUGCUAGAUCAUGUAAGAAAGGAACUUAACUCCUGAAAUUGUGUUGUUUUCUGUCUCUUUCACACUGUAUUUUAGUACUGUGUAUAAAAUAACAUUUUCAAUGAAAAAGGGCAUUAAGGAUAAAGAGUCAAACCCACCCACCCCGUUCCAUUACAUCUUUUGUUGUCAAAAAACGGUAUCAUUCGUUCUGUUGUCCCAAAUAUUCCACUCCUUGCAGAAAUCUGAACAGGAAGCAUUCAGAAAUGCUGUGUGUUCCUCUUGAUUCUCGUGGUGUUUGCCUUACUAUCAUUCCUGAUUCUUCCCUGUGUGAAACACAGAUCAGAUGACCAAAUACUCUGGGACUAACAUUAUGCUUGUGUAUGUGCUGGGGGGGCGGGGGGAGACACGGGAUUCUGGCUGCCCCAAAGGGUUCUUUUCUGUUCGACUUUCUAAUGAAUUUCUUACUUCUAUAUACAGUAUUUAUGCCUCUUCACUUCCUGCUGUAGGACUGUUCAUGGCCUUUUUAUAGAACUUUAUCAAUUUCAAGGCAGAAGUUGUGGGAUACCCUUCUUUUGUCUGAUUGCUCAGCUCGCUCAGUUGAACCCAGUAAUGAGCUACAUACAUUCUGACACCCCAAAUCCACAGCUCUAUUAAGGAAAAAGUACUUGGAAUGUAGUGGCUAGUUUUUCGCACUUCUUAUGGGAGAUGCAAGCUACAUGAGCCGCCUAAGCCUGAAUGGCUUGUGUGUGUGCUUGUGUGUGAGAGUGGGGGCCUCAUCCAGGCCUAAUCACAGCUCAUAUGUAUUUUAAAGUGAGAGAGCUAAAUAACACACACAUGAGCCAUUCCUGCCAGGCAGCAUUUUGUAGUAGAAUAUCCAUCUCUACAUAUCAAAUAACCCAGUGGGGAGCAGCCCUGGGUGCUGAGUCCCACAAGCAUUUGUGUCACUAAUUAACCACAACCACAGAUUCAUCACUGGCAGACCAUUUGUGUCUCCCACUCAACGACAACUCAAACUUAGUAUUUCUCAAUUCAGAUACUUCACACAUUCCACCGAGAUUCAUCAAGUGCUGAAUUAUGAAGUGAAUGUACAUGCAAGUGAGAACCAGCCCAACGAUUUUGCUGCAGGUGCUUAUAUGAUAAGCAAUAACACCAGUACAAUGUUCAGCAAACUGAAACACAAAGUUAGCAUUACAGGGGCAUUGAGUUGGUGUAAAUAGCAGAUCAAUGGGGCCAAGAAUUUAGGAUCAGGGUGUCUGUUAUAUGCAGUUUAAUGGAGCUGUGAAGUGGUCAGAGGUUUGUUUUCCUUACUGCUUAACUUAAAUGUGGCAUGUCCUUGGCACAUGUUUCAAAGGAUGUGAAUGAAACCGAUUUGCUUGUAUUCUUAGAUGUUGAAAAUUGAACUCUGGCACUACUCCGGAGUAGGGUACCUAUUUGUUUAGGCUGGAGUCUGCCCUAAUUACAUAUAAAAUGGCUGAAAGUGGCUUAAUUCUUUAUUUUUUUAAAAAAAAAAGUAAAAGGGUUUCAGGAGUGGAGGUGCUAAACCUUUGCUCCCAACAACUACUGGUAUUUCCCCAGUG